AUGACUGAGAAAGCACGAAGGGAUGACCCAGCACCAGCUACCACUACAGAUGAUAAUGAUGAUACUCCCAUAGUUCCACCAACCACUACAUGUGAUAAUGAUGAUACUCCCAUAGCACCAGCUACCACUACAGGUGAUAAUGAUGAUACGCCCAUAGUUCCACCAACCACUACAUGUGAUAAUGAUGAUACUCCCAUAGCACCAGCUACCACUACAGAUGAUAAUGAUGAUACUCCCAUAGUUCCACCAACCACUACAUGUGAUAAUGAUGAUACUCCCAUAGCUCCAGCUACCACUACAGAUGAUAAUGAUGAUACUCCCAUAGUUCCACCAACCACUACAUGUGAUAAUGAUGAUACUCCCAUAGCACCAGCUACCACUACAGAUGAUAAUGAUGAUACUCCCAUAGUUCCACCAACCACUACAUGUGAUAAUGAUGAUACUCCCAUAGCACCAGCUACCACUACAGAUGAUAAUGAUGAUACUCCCAUAGUUCCACCAACCACUACAUGUGAUAAUGAUGAUACUCCCAUAGCACCAGCUACCACUACAGGUGAUAAUGAUGAUACUCCCAUAGUUCCACCAACCACUACAUGUGAUAAUGAUGAUACUCCCAUAGCACCAGCUACCACUACAGAUGAUAAUGAUGAUACUCCCAUAGUUCCACCAACCACUACAUGUGAUAAUGAUGAUACUCCCAUAGCACCAGCUACCACUACAGAUGAUAAUGAUGAUACUCCCAUAGUUCCACCAACCACUACAUGUGAUAAUGAUGAUACUCCCAUAGCACCAGCUACCACUACAGGUGAUAAUGAUGAUACUCCCAUAGUUCCACCAACCACUACAUGUGAUAAUGAUGAUACUCCCAUAGCUCCAGCUACGAGUACAUGUGAUAAUGAUGAUACUCCCAUAGUUCCACCAACCACUACAUGUGAUAAUGAUGAUACUCCCAUAGCACCAGCUACCACUACAGAUGAUAAUGAUGAUACUCCCAUAGUUCCACCAACCACUACAUGUGAUAAUGAUGAUACUCCCAUAGCACCAGCUACCACUACAGAUGAUAAUGAUGAUACUCCCAUAGUUCCACCAACCACUACAUGUAAUAAUGAUGAUACUCCCAUAGCUUCACCAACAACUACAUGUGUUAAUGAUGAUACUCCCAUAGCUCCACCAACCACUACAUGUGAUAAUGAUGAUACUCCCAUAGCACCAGCUACCACUACAGAUGAUAAUGAUGAUACUCCCAUAGUUCCACCAACCACUACAUGUGAUAAUGAUGAUACUCCCAUAGCACCAGCUACCACUACAGAUGAUAAUGAUGAUACUCCCAUAGUUCCACCAACCACUACAUGUGAUAAUGGUGAUACUCCGAUAGCACCAGCUACCACUACAGAUGAUAAUGAUGAUACUCCCAUAGUUCCACCAACCACUACAUGUGAUAAUGAUGAUACUCCCAUAGCACCAGCUACCACUACAGGUGAUAAUGAUGAUACUCCCAUAGUUCCACCAACCACUACAUGUGAUAAUGAUGAUACUCCCAUAGCACCAGCUACCACUACAGAUGAUAAUGAUGAUACUCCCAUAGUUCCACCAACCACUACAUGUGAUAAUGAUGAUACUCCCAUAGCACCAGCUACCACUACAGAUGAUAAUGAUGAUACUCCCAUAGUUCCACCAACCACUACAUGUGAUAAUGAUGAUACUCCCAUAGCUCCAGCUACCACUACAGAUGAUAAUGAUGAUACUCCCAUAGUUCCACCAACCACUACAUGUGAUAAUGAUGAUACUCCCAUAGCACCAGCUACCACUACAGAUGAUAAUGAUGAUACUCCCAUAGUUCCACCAACCACUACAUGUGAUAAUGAUGAUACUCCCAUAGCACCAGCUACCACUACAGGUGAUAAUGAUGAUACUCCCAUAGUUCCACCAACCACUACAUGUGAUAAUUAUGAUACUCCCAUAGCACCAGCUACCACUACAGAUGAUAAUGAUGAUACUCCCAUAGUUCCACCAACCACUACAUGUGAUAAUGAUGAUACUCCCAUAGCACCAGCUACCACUACAGAUGAUAAUGAUGAUACUCCCAUAGUUCCACCAACCACUACAUGUGAUAAUGAUGAUACUCCCAUAGCUCCAGCUACGAGUACAUGUGAUAAUGAUGAUACUCCCAUAGUUCCACCAACCACUACAUGUGAUAAUGAUGAUACUCCCAUAGCACCAGCUACCACUACAGAUGAUAAUGAUGAUACUCCCAUAGUUCCACCAACCACUACAUGUGAAAAUGAUGAUACUCCCAUAGCACCAGCUACCACUACAGAUGAUAAUGAUGAUACUCCCAUAGUUCCACCAACCACUACAUGUGAAAAUGAUGAUACUCCCAUAGCACCAGCUACCACUACAGAUGAUAAUGAUGAUACUCCCAUAGUUCCACCAACCACUACAUGUGAUAAUGAUGAUACUCCCAUAGCUCCAGCUACCAGUACAUGUGAUAAUGAUGAUACUCCCUAG